AUGAACAUUAGAUUAACUAAUCAGAAAAUUUUAAUAGAAUCAAUCGCAACUAAAAUGGUGCAUAGAAAGUGUUCUAGCUUUGGAAAAAAUAUUGAGAAUGGCUUGCCCCUUGAUGUCCCAAAAGGCCAUUUUGUAGUAUAUGUGGGAGAAAAUAGGAGCAGGUACAUAAUUCCAAUUUUUUGGUUGACACAUCCAAGAUUUCAGAGCUUGCUUCAAAGAGCAGAAGAGGAGUUCGGAUUUAGCCAUGAUUCGGGAAUUACUAUUCCUUGUGAUGAAGAUGAUUUCUGCUCUCUAAUUUCCAUGUUCAGAUAG